UCCGAGACCGCUUAAAAACCAAAUCGAACGCGCUUUUCCCCCUGGCUUCCUCCAUCUCCGACUGUUUUCUCUCCUGAAAACAUCCUCAAGAUGUCCACCCCGCGGUUUUCCCCCACCACUAUAACUGUCGUCUUCGUUCUGGGCGGGCCCGGCAGCGGUAAAGGCACGCAGUCGGCCAACCUUGUCCGCGACUACGGCUUCACCCACCUGUCCGCCGGGGACCUGCUCCGCGCUGAGCAAGUCCGCGAGGGCAGCCACGCCGGCGACCUCAUCCGCACCUACAUCCGCGAAGGCAAGAUCGUGCCCAUGGAGAUCACCGUCAAGCUGCUCUCCGACGCCAUGGCCGAGACCCUGACCGCCGGCACCAACCCGGCCGCCGCCGCCGGCAGCAAGCCGCGCUUCCUGGUCGACGGCUUCCCCCGCAAGCUCGACCAGGCUGUGUUCUUCGAAGACACUGUUUGCCCCUCCGAGAUGACCCUCUUCCUUGACUGUCCAGAGGAGGUGAUGGAGAGCCGCCUCCUCAAGCGCGGCGAGACCAGCGGCCGCGACGAUGACAACGCGGAGAGCAUCCGGAAGCGCUUCCGUACCUUUGUCGAGACGAGCAUGCCCGUCGUCGAGGCCUUCGAGGCACAGGGCAAGGUCGUCUCUGUGAAAGCUACGGGUGAUGUUGGGGAGGUUUAUGAGCGCAUUCGUGCGGGGCUUCGCGAGAAGGGCCUGAAUCCUUUGUAGGUUCCUGGUUGGGGAAAGCACGAGCUGUGUGGGAGACGUCCCGGGGUCAGUGUCGAAGGAUUGUUUAGGCGUGUGGUAUGUGUGAGAUCUUUUGCGUCAGCGUUCUGGAGUGCAUAUCUAUAUAUAUCGAUAUAUACACUGUGUAUAUAGUGUUGGAGAUUUGAUCAAUCUGGUUAUAGAUUUGUUGUUUGAUUGA